UGUCAAAACUGACAUUUCUUUCGCGUUUCGUGUUUCUCACGCAUUUCACGCGAAACUUUUGUGGUUUCCUGGGUUUCCUGCUCAAGAAUCUUCCUGUGAAAUAUCCACCUGAGCUGAUUUUAAUAUCCAUGGGUCCUAUGGAUUUAAAGACGCACGAGUUGAAUUCCAAGAUUGUGGCAAAUGUGAAGAAACAUCGAGUUUUGUAUGACAACACGGUUCCUGAAUAUUCCAUCAAGAGGUAUUCCAGAGGAGCCUGGGAAGCUAUUGCUCGAGAAUGUGGCUUAUCCGAGAAAGAGGUGAAAUUCCGCUGGAGGAACCUCCGGAUCAGCUACUUGAGGUACAAUCGCGUCAAGAGGAAUUCCACAGGACAUGUUAAGCCCUACUAUCUGCAGGAGGAUAUGGCUUUUAUGCUCCCUUUUAUCAGUUCCAGACCAAGCAAUUCAAAUGCCAUCAAGAAAGAGUCACUAGAAGCCCAGUCACCACCCAAUCCCAAAACCCGUGCCAAGAAGCAGAAGGUGAAGGGGGAGGUGAUCGAAAAACCAAAGGAAUAUUGCCCAGAGGAAGAGAAUCAAGACAUUGAAUUCGAAUAUGUUGAUGAGAACGAUGAGAAGCAUCAGUUGAUCCUGGGCACGUCCUCCAAGCCGGAUUCCCCAAUCAGUAUUAUCCAGCCGGAGAAUGAGGGGCACGAGGAACAAGAGGAAGUUCAGCAGGUGCAACCGGAAAAGCAGAACUACUACGAAAUUGUCAGUACUUCGCGCCGUGAGGCGGAGGACAAUGCCGACUUGAGUUUCCUCAAGAGUUUCCUCCCAGAUUUGCAGAAGAUGACCCCCGGGCAGAAGAUUAAGUUCAAGCUGGCCCUAUGCACAGCCAUCAAUGACAUCCUCUACGCAUAGAUUCAGAAUUUUUCCCAGGCCCUGGCCAUCCUGACCAUAAUCUCCUGAAAAAAAAAUCGUUUAAUAAAGUUUCAAGAUGGCGUCUCA